UGCUAUAGCCUUUUCACAUGGAAUACGGAGAUCACCGCAAAAUACUAUUUUUUAACAUAAUCUGCCAACAUGAAUGUGGCUCGGAGAUAGGUCUGCGUUUGUGCUCAUCUUUCGUAACGUUGCCGAUUUGAUUCAUGAGCAAACUGUGUGGGUGUUGUUUUUGGGAAAGAGAAAACGACGUAGGCUAUGAGACGCUUGCCUAUUUAGUGCCUUCGUUGAUUGCCUGUUUUUUCUUACACUGACUGUUUUUUCUUACACUGACUGACCAGUGUUUCGGUUUAACCUGUAUGAACGAGCUUGUGUUUCCGACAUAAAUCGGUGGAAAACGCGUCCGUGGCGGGUCAACUAUUUAUUAUGGCUAAAAGAAUUGAAUUAGUGCACUGCUGGUCUGAAUAUAUUUCAAGAUAAGGAGAAAACGGCCGCUAGGUCAGGCCUGUCUGUUCCGGAGAAAAGAGUGUCGUUUAGAGCUUAUUGAAUGAAAGUCUUAUUCGUCCUUCCCUGCCAAAGAUGACGUUACCAUGGAAACAGCUUCUUCUGCUAUCAAUCAUCGACUGUCUCGCAGAAUGUUUGGACAGUGGAUCAUUCCAUGGUCCAAGAUGGAGGAUGGAACCCGGUGACUUGUUUAUCCCUGUUGAUUCUAUGGAAGAGGAGGCCACUCUUACUUGUGACGCUAAAGGAAUCCCCCCUCCUCAAUACAGAUGGUCACUGAAUGGAACUCUCAUAAAUCUGGAGUUGGACCACCGGCGUCGGAUGUCUGGGGGCAACCUCAUCAUAAGAAGUCUGGACCGCUACCAGGAUGGGGGAAGGUAUCAGUGUACAGCCUAUAACACAAUAGGAGCCGUUCUCAGCAGAAGAGCAAGCCUACAGUUUGCCUACUUGGAUCAUUUUAAACUCCACACAAGAAGUGCGGUGUCAGUUCGAGAAGGACAAGGAGUUGUGUUACUCUGUGGAACACCCACCUCCUCAGGAGACCUUAGUUAUUCAUGGGUCUUCAAUGAAUACCCAUACUUUGUCCAGCAAGACAACCGGCGCUUCGUAUCUCAGGAGACUGGCAACCUGUACAUCGCCAAAGUGGAGCCCUCAGAUGUGGGCAACUAUACCUGUGUGGUUAUGAACAGCAUCACAAAGGGCAAAGUUCACAGCUCACCCACAUCUCUGGUCCUGAGGAAAGACGGAGUAAUGGGAGAAUAUGAGCCGAAAAUAGAAGUUCAUUUUCCCGACACCGUACCAGCAGCAAAAGGAUCAGUGGUUACGCUGGAGUGUUUUGCUCUUGGGAACCCUGUCCCUGAGAUUACGUGGAAGAGGGCUAAUGGAGUCCCGUUCCCCAGCAAAGUGAAGAUGAAGUACUCCAAUGCCGUCUUGGAGAUCCCCAGCUUCCAACAGGACGACACGGGUGGCUAUGAGUGUGUGGCCGAAAACAAGAUGGGGAAGAACAUCGCUACAGGCCGAUUGGCCUUCCAUGCCAAACCUCAGUGGAUUCAGACCAUGAGAGACACAGCCCUGGCCAUAGAGGAGAGGCUUCACUGGGAGUGCAGGGCCAACGGGAAGCCCAAACCCUCCUACAACUGGCUGAAAAAUGGCCAAGUGCUGAUCACUGAGGAGAGGGUCUACGUUGACAAUGGGGUCCUGUUGAUCUCGUCUUUGAACCUGUCUGAUGCCGGGAUGUACCAGUGUGUGGCUGAGAAUAAAUAUGGUGUCAUCUAUUUCAGCACUGAGCUCAUGGUCUUAGCAUCUUCUCCAGACUUCACUGGUAACCUGCUCAGAGCCCUGCUUAAAGCCAAGGCCGGCACCAUAGUGACUCUAGAGUGUAAGCCCCAAGCCUACCCCACCGCUAGCAUCCUGUGGAAGAAAGGCAACCAACCCAUCCACACCAAUGACAGAAUCACUCUCUCUGCAGAUGGAACUUUGAGAAUCACUAAUAUGACCAAGUAUGAUGCAGGCAGCUACACCUGCUUUGCCAGAAACCGAUUUGGGACCUCCAGCACCACUGGAAGACUCCUCAUCACAGAUCCAACAAGAAUUACUCAGGGGCCAGUGGACAUGGAGAUCAUAGUGGGUGAGAGCAUCGUGCUGCCCUGCCAGAUCGCCUGUGACCCUGUCCUUGAUGUUUUCUUCUCCUGGGCUUUCAACGGACAGCUCAUCACCAAGACAGACAGGCAUUUUGAGCUAGUGGGAGGGAGAACAGCUGGGGAUCUGAUGAUCAGAAACAUCCAGUUGAAUCAUGCCGGGAAGUACAUCUGCGUGGUGGACACAGACGUGGAGAGCCUGUCAGCAGUGGCCAUAUUGAUUGUAAAAGGCCCCCCUGGCCCUCCAGACACAGUGGCAGUGGAGGAGGUAACGGACAGCACAGCCCAGCUCUCAUGGAGCCGCGGCAGGGAUAACGGCAGCCCCAUCACCAGCUACCUCAUCCAGACCAGGACCCCSUUCACUGUGGGCUGGCAGAGGGUGGACACAGUUCCUGAGGUAAUUGAUGGCAACACACUGACAGCCACAGUGGUGGAUCUCAAUGCCUGGGUGGAGUACGAGUUUCGAGUUGUGGCAAAGAACAGUGUGGGAGUGGGCGAGCCCAGUCCCACCUCCCUCCAGACACGGACAGAGGAUGCAGUUCCUGAUGCUGCACCCACUGAUGUUGGAGGAGGGGGCGGCAGCAGAUCAGAGUUGGUUGUUACAUGGGAGCCUGUUCCCGAGGAACUGCAGAAUGGUGAGAGCUUCGGUUACAUUAUCGCGUUCCGUGGCCUCGGUGAGAUGACCUGGACCCACGUCGCCACCUCUGCUCCAGGGGCAUCCCGCUAUGUGUACCGGAACGACAGCAUCGCUCCCUUCUCACCCUUCCACGUGAAGGUGGGAGCCUAUAACAGCAAAGGGCAGGGCCCGUUCAGUCCCGUGGUCACCAUCUACUCUGCAGAGGAAGAGCCGAGUGGUAUGCCAGGAGGAGUUUGGGCCAGAAGUGUUUCCGCCUCAGAAAUUGAAGUGAAUUGGCAGGCUCUAUCCUUUACUCCUGAAAGAGUUCUCGGCUACGAGGUGGUGUACUGGGAGGAUGACACCAAGCCAGAGACGAUGGGGAAAGUGAGGGUACCCGGGAGUCAAACCUCAGUCACUGUUAGUGGCUUAGAGCGAAACACUCAGUAUUUUCUCACAGUCAGCGCUUUCAACACAGCUGGUACUGGCCCUUUCCUCCCCGCCAUCAACGCCACCACCAAGAAAUCACCACCCGGACAACCUCCUCUAAAUGUUGAGUGGACCUUGAUUGGCUCCCAGAUCACUAUAUACUGGGAGCCGGUGGUAGCCAUGGAAACAGAGUCAGAGGUCACCGGUUACCAACUGUCUUACAGGAGUCUGAAACAUAAGGAAGAGAACAUGCUCUUGACAAACAAUUCCACAGCCGAGCUGACCCUCGUUGACAACGAAGACUAUGUCAUCCACAUAAGGUCGCUGAGCGAGGGAGGGCUUGGCCCAGCCACAGAUCCCAUCCGCAUCCACAAACUAAGUAUGAGUGCGCGAGGCUCGAAGGCCUGGAGUCUGAACACAUCCCCUGUCUCUCUGCUCCUCAGCAUCGCAUUUUCAACGUUCAGGUCUACAUCGUGACAGAAUGUCAGGCUACUAUCUGGUUUACAGAUAAAAUAAGCUGUCUCUGCUCCAUUCCAAAUGACCCAUCUACAAUUAUAAUUUUUUCUAACUGUGUGAAAGUAAUGGUAGAGACCAUCCAUUUUGGAGGCAAGACAAUAAGCGCAUUCAUUUAGGGAGUUUGUGAAGAAAUAUUUGUUGUUGUUUGGGCACAUGUUUUGAUGAACAUUGUGUUAGGUCAAGUGCUGUCAACUUCUGAAGGUAUCUGCUUGGGUUGUACAUUUUAGGUGGAUGUUCAGAUGAAUGCGCUGUUUUGACUUUUUGGAGCCCUGAAUGAUACAAAUGCCUUACUUCCAUUCAUGUGCCAAAGUAGUUUGAAUCGUUUAGUUGUAGGCUAAAUGUUAAGCUAGCAAUGCCAUGCUUUUUUCCCCUUCAUAUUUUCAUUUGUAAUUAAACCUUGUCACACUCAAAGCUAGUUAUGAAAGUUAUUACCUAUGGUAAUAAUACUUGUCAUUUAAACUUUCAAGGUUGCGAUAUGAAGUUGACUUUUGUAAUUUUGACGUACUCUGAGGUGGUCAUCGAAGCAAAAACUUUUACUGGUGUUUGGCUGAGCCAAGUUAAGUUCUCUUGCUUACUCAUUGAGUAGACACCAUUUGCCUGUGCCUGUGCCUUUGAAGAUCUGUGUAAGAGUGUGACAAAGAAAAUCGCUUCACUUGACUUAUAGUCAGUGUUGUGCAGCAUUUCAGAGCUCUUUAAGUGAUCAUUAUCGUAUAAUUAUGUGCUACAUGAAACCCAUAAGACGAGAGCUGUUUGAGAGAGUGCAAGCCAUUUUCUUAAUGUUUUCAUUUUGUCAUUGUGGUAGAGACUUGAUUGUAUCACGAGGGCUCCUUACAACUAUAAUGAGACAAAAUCUAAAAACUGACCUUACAGUGGAUGGAUAGAUUGCUUUUAAUAGGAGGACUGUCUUUACCGCACCGCACCCACUACCAAUAUGACACCCACCUGGGUGAUGCACGGCAGCCAUUUUGUGCCAGAGUGCUCGCCUGUUGCGUGGUGAAAAUGGUGCCAAAUGUGCCAGUCUGACAUUGAAAUUGAGCCACUAGCUGAGACCCAAGCAGGCAAAGACAUUUACCCCCAAGAAAUCCAUGGAGCCUUACUGUAUAUGGAACUCAUGCAUGACAUUGACUUAUAGUCAGCUGGGUUAAAUAUGUACUAGACUUGCCUAUCAUUUGUUCAAGGUUCAAUUAGCCUUUUCUUGAAACUUAUGUAUUGUACUAUAGGCCCUACAUAUUUUUCAGCGUAGCCUCAACUGCUCAGGUGUUCGGGCUUUUACACACCAACUUCACUGGUCAUAAAGCAGAGAGCAGCUAUAUCAGACGGCUGACAGCACAUGAUGCAGUGGUCUAUUUAAUGCCCUGACUUGACAAAUGAAAAGUCUGAUAUCUGCCAUGAUUUAGCAGCAAUUAAAACAUAUUAAUAAAUUAGAGUGAGCCUAGGGGCCUCUAUGGGAAAGGGCAUAGGACUAAUGGUUCUAUGACACCACAGAAGAUUAAUGUAUCAGGAUUCAGUGAGAGGAGCUAAAUCAGAACGAUUCCAUCAGAUGGAAAGAUGGUUGUGUGUGUGUGUGUGUGUGUGUGUGUGUGUGUGUGUGUG